CAGGCCUGGCUCCACGGUGGGACCACGGCUCCGCCGUACCGGGCGACGUCACGUGCCUUGAUAUUUUUGUCCUCAUGAGGGAUUCUUGAACCUUUCAAUUACUGAGUACUGAGUGCUAUAUUAUGUACAGUACUGGUCAAAAUUAUCAAAUGAAUAGAAAUGAACAUUUGAAAGUUUAUCACUGUGUGUAGUGAAUAUCGCAUUUCUUUUAUCUUUCAGGUUCUCCAGGCCCCUCAUCUUUGAAGCAUCUUCUGUUGAUACCUAAAGUGAGAAAUAAAAGAGAAGGUUAAGCGUCUUCUUCUGAUUACGGCCUUCAGAUGUGGAACAACCUCCCUGAAGACCUGAGGGCAGCUGAGAGUUUGGAUGCUUUAAAAACAAGCUAAAGACUCAUCUAUUCAUUUUGACUUUAUUUUCUUUAGGUUUAUUGCAAUUUAUUAUUUCAUGGUUUAUUAUUAUACAUACAUUUUAGUUAAAAUGUUUAGCUAUUAUAUCAUGUAUUUGUGUUUAAUGUUUUAUGGCUCUAAGUUAGCGCUAAUCUUGUCAAGCACUGUUGUGUUUUUAUAAUACUGUUAUUGGUCAUCACAGAUAUUAUUGUUUGCUAUUUAAGUUUUUUAUGUUCAGUAUUUACAAUUUUAGAUUACUAUAACUUUGUUUUUUUUUUACAAAUUUUACUUAUGUAUCUAUUUUAUAAUUAGUUUCUUUAUAUCCAGUGUUUCCUCUGUAUGUCAUGUUAAACUAGGUUUUUGUUGGACCAGUGUGCAGGCAAGGGGAUGGUAGCCACAUGACUUCUGACAACUAUAAAGGUCAUGUAAUGCAUCCCCAGCUUACCAUGAACUUUUGGGAUGAAGAGAGCAGAGAUGAAAACAGCAUACCUGCAGUGUGGAGUCGUACUGGUCCAGCAGGUUGGGUUGGAUACAUUCACCAGGUGAAGGGUAAGAAGGGAGUGGCUUUAAGCAUACUAGAGGAGGAGAACGACAUGAGGAAAGAAGAGACUGGGAGAGACAGAAAGUUUCCAUUCAGAAGAUUUUGGAUGUAAGCUGCAUCGUUCACAGCCACUGAAUGACAGAACAAAUCUCCUAUAAGUAACAUCGUCAAGAAAAGCUAAACCCCCAGGGACCAUGGCUCUCCCCUCUGCCUUUCUGUCUGAAGACCAGUUCACCUGUUCAAUAUGCCUGGAAAUGUUCAAUAACCCAGUUUCCACUCCAUGUGGCCACAGCUUCUGCCAGUCCUGCCUUUCUUCCUACUGGGACGGUGGAGGAAGACGGCAGGGUGCAAAGUUUUACCAGUGUCCCCUGUGCAAAGAAUCCUUUAGCAAACGGCCAGAACUCCAUAUAAGUCGAACCUUAAAGGAAAUCACAGAACAGUUCAAGCAGAUGGCCAACCCUGAUACACAAACUGCUGAGGGAAUCGGAGGAGGGGAGCAUCACAGCUUGCAUGCCCAAAAUCCAGCCCUGUGUCCACCAACAAGACAGGGGGAGAUGCCAGAGAGUGUGUUUGCAGAAAUGGUGGAACGUUUUCAGGGAAUGACGGCUUCUGGGAUGCCACAUCAACAUUUCUCUCAAUCUCACCAGGCCUUCCAGACACAAAACAACCAUGACCCACCGCCACCUUACUCCCCUCUCCUGAGGUACGAUAUGCCACUGUGUCCCAUCCAUAAGACAGGCCUGGAGUUCUUCUGUCGCACUGACAACUUGUGUGUGUGCAGUGUCUGUGUGGGGACAGCAGAGCACCGAGGACACAGCGUCGUCCCUGCAGAAAGAGAGUGGCAGAUUAAAAAGUCGCAGUUAGGUAUCCAUGAGGUGGAGUUGAAGGAGCUCAUCUAUGAAAGAGAGAGAAAAGUGGAGGAAAUACGCAGUUCUGUUCGGGAGAUGAAGGCUGCUGCGGAGAUAGAGACAGACAAAGUUGUUUGUGCCUUGACCAAGCUGAUCUCUACGAUGGAGUACUGCCAAUAUAAAAUCUUAGAGGUGAUAAAGACAACUGUUCAAGCAGCAGAGAGCAGAGCUCAGAGUUUUCUGAAAGAGCUGGAGGAGGAGAUAGCUGCACUGAAGAAGAGAAGUUCAACACUGAGCCAUCUGGCUGUGUCUGACGACUAUGUGCUCUUUUUCAGUACAUUGCCUGCCUUGUCCACAUCCCCGCAGGCUAAAGACUGGUCAAAUGUCUCUGUCCCAUCUGUAAAGAUCUCUGAAGGGAUUCUCAGGACUGUCAAUCAGAUGAUGGAACACCUCCAGCAAGAGAUGCAAAAAUUGCCAGAAGUCUGCCAACAAUCCUCAUCAGAUCAGCCUUACCCUCGGCCCAACCCAAAGGUAAAGAGGGUUCAGGAAUAUGCAGAGGACAUCACCCUGGACCCAAGCACCGCUCACCCACGCCUCUUCAUAUCAGCUGAUGGAAAGCAGGUGCAAUGUAGUGAGCAUUAUCAGCUCGUUCCGGACAACCCAGAGCGAUUCAACCGGGUGGUGUGUGUGCUGGCCCAUCAGGGAUUUACGUCAGGACGCCAUUACUGGGAGGUAGAUGUUGGCAAUAAGACCGACUGGGACCUGGGAUUAGCAAGCCGGUCUGUUAUUCGAAAGGGUAAAAUCCCAGUGAGCCCCGCCCAUGGCUACUGGUUCCUUAGUCUGCGGGAUGGGACUGACUAUGCCUUCAGGACAGAUCCCUCGACCAACCUAACAGUUGCCGUCAGACCCUCACGGGUUGGAAUUUAUAUAGACUGUGAUAAAGGACUUGUGUCGUUCUACAAUGUGGAGGCCAAACUGCUUAUCUAUACCUUCACAGGCAGUUUUCCAGACACCAUCCAUCCAUUCUUCAGCCCUUGUACCAAUAAAUCAGGACAGAAUGAGGCUCCCUUAGUCAUCUGCCCUGUUGCAGUGACAGAAUAAAAUGAAGCAGUCUCCUUUUAACUUAUUUCACCCAUGCUGAAUGUAAAUAUUUCUGUUUUAGAAAUCUGGGCCCAUACUCACAAAGAAUCCUUAGACUAAAAGUAGCUCCUAGUGACGACAUUCUAGGAAAUAUCUCAGAAUUUCUCAAAUUCUAAGGUUUUUCUUAGAAUUUUCCCUCAGUAAGAUAAAAGUUAUUCACGAAGCAUCUUAGGCCUUAUGAGAGCUUCUAAUGUGAGGGGAUAUUAAGAGUAAUGAGGAAGACUUUUAGUGAGCCAAAGGUUGUAUUCACACCAGGAAAGUCCUUUGGUCCGCUUGUUUGGUCCGGACCAAAAGCAAACUUUAUUUUUUUCAUUUGGUGCAGUUUGCUUUCACAUUGCACUUUUUGGUGCUAGGAGUCCUGACCAAGAAUUUUUAGGCUAAGAUAGGAGCUUUGUGAGAGGACUCUGAAAGUAUUUGUGAAUAAGGGCCCUGAGUUUUAGUGCUUGCUUUUAGUGAAUGCUGAAAAAAUUAAGUUAAAGCUAUUUAAAUAUUCAACCUUAAUGAUUGUGAGACAGUCAGAAUUACUUGUAGCUGCCUUUAGCUUGUUUUUACUCAUUGCUGUAUAGUGUGAUGUGAUUUAAUGAAUGUAAAACUGUAGCCUAAACAGUCCUGUCAGGAUUUUGUCAUGUAAAUAAAAUUAGACCAUGAUAAAUGAUUUAAAAACCUGUUUCUGAAAAUAAUGUGAUAUUUAUCCUGACCAAUCCAACUGAAAAACAACAAGAAACAAUAAACAAACAAUAAAGAUUAUAAAUGUGCAAAAA